AUGGGCGACUUCCAGAUCAUAUCCGACCUGCAUCUCGAGACGCACCCAGCGUACGACUUUGUCAUCGAGCGGACGGCCCCCUACCUCGCCCUGCUGGGGGACGUCGGCCACCUCGAGCACGACCAGUUCUUCCCUUACAUCGAGGAACUGCUCUCGCGCUUCGAGAUCGUCUUCCUGCUCUUCGGCAACCAUGAGCCGCAGUCCUUCACCAUGGACAAAGCCCGCCGCAGGGUCGUGGACUUCCAGGACCGACUGCCCCCGUCGACCGGCCGCUUCGUCUUCCUCUCGCAGACUCGCUUCGACGUCUCAGACUCGCUGACGGUGCUUGGAUGCACCCUGUACUCGCACAUCUUGCCCGAGCAGGACCAGGCCGUCGCCGCCCGCAUGUCCGACUUUAAGAUGAUCACUGACUGGACGACCGAGACGCACAACCGCGCCCACGACGCCGACCUCGCCUGGUUGAACGCCCAGGUCCGUGACAUCGAGCAGCGAGAGCCGCACCGCCGCAUCGCCAUCUUCUCCCACCACGCCCCCAGCCUCGACCCGCGCGCCGUCGACCCCAAGUACGCCGGCAGCAGCGUCACCUCUGGCUUCGCGACCGACCUGCGCGACCAGCCCUGCUGGACUAGCUCUGCUGUCACUGCCUGGGCGUUCGGCCACACGCACUACAACUGCGACUUCGAGCUCGGCGGAGUGCGUGUCAUCGCCAACCAGAAGGGCUACUAUGCGACUCCCAGAGACACGUUCAUCCCGGGGCGCAUAUACUCCUUGUAG